ACUACAGAUCAGACAACAGAUGUGACUACACAGGCAACAGAUCAAACAACAGAUGUGACUACAGAUCAGACAACAGAUGUGACUACACAAGCAACAAAUCAAACAACAGAUGUGACUACACAAGCAACUGAUCAAACAACAGAUGUGACAACACAGGCAACAGAUCUAACAACAGAUCUAACAACAGAUCAAACAACAGAUCGAACAGAUCAAACAACAGAUCUUACAACAGAUCAAACAACAGAUCAAACAGAUCAAACAACAGAUCUGACAACAGAUCAAACAACAGAUCAAACAACAGAUGUGACAAUAAAAGCAACAGAUCAAACAACAGAUCUAACAACAGAUCAAACAAUAGAUCAAACAGCUGAUCAAACAGCAGAUCUUACAACAGAUCAAACAACAGAUCAUACAACAGAUCAAACAAGAGAUGUUACUACGCUGACAUCUGAUCAAACAACAGACGUAACUACACAGGCAACAGAUCAAACAACAGAUCUAGCAACAGAUCAAACUACAGAUGUAACCACACUGACAUCUGAUCAAACAACAGAUCAAACAGCAGAUGUGACUACACAGGCAUUAGAUCAAACAACAGAUCAAGCAACAGAUCAAACAACAGAUCAAACAACAGGUCUUACAACAGUUCAAACAACAGGUCAAGCAACCGAUCAAACAUCAGAUUUGACUACACAGGAAGCACAUCAAACAACAGAUGUGAAAACACAAGUAACAGAUCAAACAACAGAGGUGACAACAGAUCAGACAGCAAAUUUGACUACACAGGAAGCACAUCAAACAACAAAUCAAACAACCGAUAUGACAAUAAAAGCAACAGACCAAACAACAGAUCAAACAACAGAUCAAACAACAGAUCAAACAACAGAUCAAACAACAGAUCAAACAAUAGAUCAAACAACAGAUAUGACUAAACAGGCCACAGAUAUGACUACACAGAACCCAAAUGUCACCUCGGAAGUUACCGCAACAACCACAUCUUCGGACACAACGGUCCUGUCAUUUGGAACAUCAACGCCUCAUAAUCUACCAACUGGCCUCUCCGGUUCAACAACUCUCAGAGCACCUACUCCAAACGCUACAAAGUCUGUCGAUCCAGCAGCCACUGUGACAUCUGGCCCAGACACAAGGCCACCCAUAACGUCAGUGACGGAAUCCACCAGCGUCAUUGUGUCAUCUCCAGCCGUACCAACUCUUGCUUCUACUUCAUCGGUUCCAACUACGUCAGAAUCUCUACCCACCGAGACGGCUGUGUUGGAAACAGAUAUAGAUUACAAGAACAGUGUGCUUGUGAUCCCCUUUGAUCUCCGCUUUAAUUUGGAUUUCACGGAAGAUCUGAAGUCACCUUCAUCAGCCAAGUAUAAAGAGCAAAAACGACUGCUCUCUGAGCAG